AUGCUGUCCCAGAUUGCCAUGCUCGCGGCCCUUGCCGCCACCGUCAACGCCCACGGAUACAUGAUCACCCCGAUGAGCCGUGUUGGUCUGAAUGCCGACGGAGGCGCUGGUGCGGACACCUGCCCCGAGUGCACCAUCCUCGAGCCCGUCGAGUCGUGGCCCACCCUGAACGCCGCCAAGGUCGCCAAGACGGGCCCCUGCGGCUACAACGAGCGAGUCGGGGUCGACUACAACCAGCCCGGAGACGCCUGGGGCAAGUCCCCCGUCCAGACGUACAAGUCCGGCGACACCAUCGACGUCCAGUGGUGCGUCGACAACAAUGGCGACCACGGAGGUGCCUUCUCCUACCGUAUCUGCCAGGAUCAGGACCUCGUCAACAAGUUCCUCGACGCCACCACCAUCCCCAGCCUGGACGUGAAGCAGCAGCUCGAGGACUGCUUCGAGAAGGGCAUCCUGCCCUGCUCCGACGUCGACGGCAACGCUUGCGACCCCAGCGGCGACUGCGCCGCGGACUCCUGCAGGAACUCCGACUGGUGGGGCUGUCCCGCCAGGGACGCCGGCGGCUGCAAGAGCAUCGACAACGCUGAGCAUGGCUCCUGCUGGACCUCCAUCGCCGGCGGCUACACCGUCUCCGGAAAGGUCAAGCUUCCCGAGAUGACCUCUGAGCACACCCUGCUCGGGUUCAAGUGGAACUCCUACGAGACACCCCAGGUCUAUCUCAACUGUGCCGACAUUGCCAUCGAAUAA